CCCAGCCGUGCACCAACGAAUGUCCGAGUUGAAAACCAUGGGUUGAAUGAGUUCUUGGUGAUAUGGGACGUCCUUCCUGUCCAGUACGCCAAUGGCCGCUUAUUAGGAUACAACGUAUACUACAGAAGUCGCCAGUACUACUACUAUUCGGACACCAUUGUUAGAGUCAACAACACUAAUUUGCCACAAGCAAUUCUGCUGAAUGUUCAGGUUGGAGAGAGUUACCAAAUUUCGGUGGCUGCUUUCACCUCUGUAGGAACUGGACCGAGAUCACCACUUCUUUAUGUGACUAAAGGUAAAGUCUGUAACCAGGGUACUGGCCUGCAGGGUUAUACUGAAAACCCGACGCAAUAGUUAGUAGACUUGAGAAGACUGCCGGUCAUGAAAGCUAUCGACACUGAUUAAAGAUGAGAGCGACGGUCAGAGCUGCAGUUUAUGUUGGAAGCUCGCUGGCCGUGCAUAAUCCUUUGUUUUUUGUCUACAAGUGGUGUCUGAACAAGUAAAUAAACGAAAUGUUUUAGUUGGUUAGCAAGUUAAAAAAAUACAGCAAUGCUACUGGACGUUUUGCACUUUCAAGUCCACAACAGACACUGACAUGGUUUUUGCUUGUAUUUUUUUUGCCCUUGCUCAUCAGGUAAACGAUUUAAAGAGCUGAUCACGUAUCAGUCAGAGUGCUAAAUGUUGCCUUCAUAAACAGCAUCUAUUACCUUUCCUUUUUGACUUUAGAUGCUUCUCUGUCCCUAUAUUUGCCUUGACUUCCAGGGAAAAAAAGAAUUAUUAUUAUGUAGAGAGGAUAUUACACGGUGGCGCGAAGAUAUGAAUUUUAUUUUCGAGUGGCAAAACAAAAAUUUUGUUUUUGCCACGAGAAAAUAAAAUUCAUAUCUUCAAGCCGCCGUGUAAUUUCCUUUUCAUCAUAUAGACAAAAUGACAUCGCUAAAAUUAUAGAGGGAAAUUACCAAAAUUACGUCGUCGAUAAACUCACGUGUGAGAUUAUGGAAAAUAAACCACUCGGGUCCCGGAUGUAGUUUUUAUCAAUUUUACGAGGCGUAUAUUUUCCAGUAAAACACUCGUGUUUAUAUAAUAAAUAUAUAUAAUUAACUAAGUCAAUCAGAUGAGCCCGUGCUGAAGACUUAAGUUAUUAAAGUUAACAUAUUGAAAUUGAUAGAAGAAAGACAGAUGGGUGAUUUUUAAAGCACACACUAUGGAACUUGUGGUUUCGAAAGAGUUCAUCUUUAGACACAGAUGCUUUUGGAGAGAAAUCAACCACCUUGAAAAAUGGGUAAUUUUGUAAUAAAUGACUAAUAUGACAUUCUGACGGAAUUAUCUAUAUUUUUUCUUGCUUAAGAUUGUGAAGGCUCUGUGAACCAGUCGUUUGGAUGGUUAAACUUCACCCACACGACUUCCAACUCCCUCAAUUGCAGUGUUCAAAUGAAUAAUGCUGGUGCAAUUCAAGGGGUCGCCUUAGUCUCGUUCAAGUACAUUUCCUUACGGUACUGUAGGUAAGCAAAUCAAAUGACAUAUUGUUCCUUGUAGAUCAGAAAUCAGGAAGGCAAAGUAAAUAAAUGCAAGGAAAAAGUGGAAGUGAAUAGUAAAAUUCUAGAAGGUUUAUAGCAACACUUUUUAAUCGCUUAGCCUACAAAGGUUGUUUUUAAAUCACUGAAUAAGAAAAGCUGAAUAAAAAAAAGAAAUUGUUAAAACCAAACAUACUAUCGAUUGUCCAUUUCGUAGGAUUCUUCUUUUUCUAUAAUAAUACCCACGUGUUUUUGUCUUGAAUUUUAGUUUCGAUUACAGUUUUCUGAGUAUUUUUAGUUGUUUCCACAAAGCACUUGAGGUACCUCAUUUCUUAUUCUUCGCAGCGAGUUCAUCAAGAUUUAUGACAACACUGGCAACGAGAUUUUUCGCCGAAGAGGUUGUGAUUCAUCUUCUAGCGGACAGUCGGUUGAAGUUCCCUUUGGUGACGGGGGUAGCAUAACAUUGGCGGUCGCUUUUUCAACCCGAUAUGGCUACGCAAGAAUUCAAUACACAGUGUUAGACAAAGCCCUCGACUCAGGUAACAAGUUUUUGUAAACGAAGUUGUUUGCAAAAUACUUUUUAAAAGUAAAUACCAGAAGGCUGAAGAAAGGUUGCAACCACUUCCUCAGCUCUCCUAGUAUCGCGGUGGGAGUAGGAAAUAUAGUACACGUCCGAGGAUAUGUUUAAAGGAAGUAAUAAAUUACUUUACAGAAUAAGUGUUUCACAGCUUAACCGUUGAACUUGCAAAUUUUGUUUACGGUAUCAAGAUUUGCGAAUCUCAAGAUUUCUUGCAGUCCUUCCUAAAAUUAAAAAAAAAUCCUUUUUGAUCUCAUUUUUAUGCUUGAAAACGUUGUUAAAGAAUAUUAUUAUGGUGAUAAUUAUAAUUAUGGUUAUGAUAAUGAUGAUGUGGAUGAUUAUGGCGAUGAUAAUUAUAAUGACAAUGAUGAUUAUUAUUAUUCACCGACAGCGCAAGUGGUGCCUUCAUGGAAUGUUACCAUCACCUACAAGACAAUAUGGUCAUUGACAGUACGGUGGUCAACCUUCCCUUUAAAUGUCCCGAUCCAGCGUUUUUUAGUAAAGUAUAAGGAAAAAAAUUCAAACGUCAGCUUGAUCUACCACGUCUCAAAUUGGUAUAACUCACAUUACACCGGAAAUACACUUAAAGGGUACACGUUUUACGAGGUUAAUGUCGUUGCUGAAACUUCCGGGAACGGAACACUGUACUCCAGUGAAGCAAUAACUGCGAGAACUCACGAAGGAGGUAAAUAUGCCAAAACAAUCAAACAAACUAACAAACAAAUGUCAACCAAGUAAGAUGAAAUAAACAAUCAAAACCUACCAACCAAUCGAAAGCCUUUUUCUGUAUUUGAAUUUUCGUCAACCCUCUCUGAAUUUAGCCUUCCAUGCAAACGGUCUUUUGGCUCGCCAUACAAUGAACGCGUAACGGAAACUUGACAAUUUCUGCGUAGGAGGCUACACUGAAUUUGGAGAAAGGUUAGUUUAAUACUUAAAGAACAAAACAUUGUCGGGAUUUGUUAUAAUUUUUUUCAUACCUUUCCUGUUAAGAUUAAUUAAUUUCUGUAUGAUCACCCAGCAAUGUUUGGCCCUAUUUGCAAAUGCUUCGGAACUUUUCAAGUCUGUUUGUUUGUUUGUUUGUUUUUUAGCUUGAAAACAUGAGAACAAAUCAAAAUAGCAGAAUGAGCUGCCGCUUUUAGUUAUAUUUAGUUAGCCAGGUGUAUAACCUUUAUUCUGAUAUAGAGCUUAGGUAUUACUUUGACGUUAGAUACUCCUGGUAACCACCUUAAGGUAAUUUUCUUUUUUUAUAUUUCCUUUUUUGGCGUACCUUCUAACCAAUACCGUCAUUUAUAUAUAUAUUUUUUUAUGUCUUUAUUUUGGCAGUACCAAGCGUUGCACCCUCAGGCUUGCGAGUUUCUACGCUUCAUUUUAGUGAAUUAAAGGUGCAGUGGAAUCAAAUACCUGAGCACAGUGUAAAUGGCCGACUACUGGGAUAUGUGGUCAUCUACGAAGAGUAUCCCUAUUAUCGGUAUAACAGAAAACGAGUCAACACAAGUAGCCCAGAUGUCCAUAUGCUGGUGUUGAGUGGUUUAAAAGCAGCACACUCUUACAGAUUCUGCGUGGCGGGGUUCACACGCACAGGAACUGGACCGCUUACACCUUUCUAUUACGUCACAACAGGUAAAUUGAACAAAUCGAGGUGACGUGACGUCAGAAAGUUCAAAACUGAAUUCGUAUCACAAGCCACAGUCGAUUGGUUUCAUAGCCUGCUUGAACACGUCUCCUAUUUUCUUUGCUGUUUCACUACAAAGAUCUGAACAUGCUGACGUCAUUUGUUGAUUUUACAAUAACAUUGCCUGUUUUAAACUUGCAUUCAGUAAACCGCACCUGAGAGCCUCAAAAAGAAAAGCGGAUUGCGUCAUCAUGACGUCAUUUUCAUGGUCUAUACUCAAACGUUUCAAACGUCGUGCUACUGCCAUGCUGAACUCUAUUAAUAAAUUAGAAAUACAUUAGAAUCAUCUUAGAAGUUGUUUUUUUUUUAUAUUGUUUUUGACAAGAGCUACUUUAUUCGACGUCAAAAACGAAGAUGGCUGUGGUCGUUUUGAGGUCGAAGCAGCUUAGCCCGGCAGAAUCAUGACGUUUGAAACAUUCCUCAUGUACCAUAGUUCUCGAUUAAACAAUGCUUUGUUUUUGUAGACUAUACUAUACAUUACUGACUGGUAGCAACCAAGGGAAGAAAUAAAACAUUUUCAUAAAUCAUACACCGUACCAAUUGUUCCCGACGAAUAGUAUAUUUAUAAUAAUUCCACUCAUUUUUACGACCGAUAUAAACUGGUCCUGGUACAUGGUUAGCAAAAUCGCAGUGUGUUUAGAAUCAUUUAACUAAUUGAAAUUAAAUAACUAGUUUUCAUUUCUUACCGUCAAUUAGGUUGCGGAGGAUACACAAAUCGGUCGUUUGGCCGCCUAGAGACUGGUUCCAACAGGGGCUCGAGCUAUAUAACAUGUACCCUUGUGGUUGGCAGAGGGGGCAUAAAUCAGGCAGUUGCACUUGUGUGGAUACAAGAUCUGUAUUUGUCAUAUUACAGGUACUGAGUAUUAAUUACCACUAAUUCCUUGGAACGAUUCUACAAGGUUUGUUUGCUUGUAUGGUUGUCUUAAACAACCUCAGAAAGCCCAAACGGAUCAUAAAUUAUGUAAUUUUGCAAUGGAGGAUCGCAUGUCGUCAGUGUGUCGUUCAAGUGUGGAAAUGAUCUACUUGUGGCUAUCUCUGCUAUUGUCCACGACGGCAGCAACAAAAUGCACGGUAGGGAGUUCAAACCCCGGCCGGAACAACACUCAGGUUCUUUAAAUACCUGACAAGAAAGUGCUGCCUUUGUAAUGACAUCUGCAAAUGGAUAGACUUUCUAGUCUUCUCGGAUAAGGACGAAAAGCCGUAGGUCCCGUCGCACAGCACUUUCAUUGAUUUGUUCUUGUGGGACGUAAAAGAAGCCACGUCACUAUUUGAAAAGAGUAGGGGUGGUAAACCCCGGUGGUGUGGCCAACCUUUACGGGUUGUGGUAUUGGGUAGGGAUGGCACCUUGCAUGGGACCGGAGUCCCGUUCGUGCAAAUUCCCUCUGGGCAGGCCUGUGUCCAUAAAGCUGGUAAAUAAGUAAAUAAAUAAAUAAAUAACAACGAGAACAACAAGAACAGAUGAAGGCUGGUUUUCACUAGCAACGGAGUCGGAAUCGGAGUCGUAGUCAGAAGCGUAGAGCUUAUGAUCUAGUGAAAACAGCGUUCCGAUUCCGCUUACUACUCCGUCGCUUACGUUCCGCUUAUGAUCUACUGAAAACCAGAUUGUCGGAGUCGGAAGCAGAAGCGUAAGAACCAAACCAGUCAAAAAGCGUGGGAACGUGCAUUGUGAUUGCUUUACCCUUUCGUUUUAGCCUGUUGCAGGCUCGGAGAUAUUCAGGUCCGCUGAAUUGAGAAAGCGCAAACACGAAAAUAAAACGGGAGGAAACUGGGGAGAGCCUGUAAUCAUUUCUUUGAACGACCCGUUCCGGUAUACCAGCUCCUGGUAUACCGUCUGAUUUGACAGAUUAUAUUAUCACUCUCAAAGCGGGUCGUUCCUGUCACUCAGAAAGAUGGUGUGCGGCGUCCACGCGCGUGAACUAGAGGAAUCCACGAUAACUUCUGUGUUGAACGAAUGUUUACGAGAUUUCCCGCACAUAGGAGCGCCGAGGAAGGAACAUAAAACCUGCCUGGUGAACUUGGCGCGUGGAAAAUAUUUUUUUGUAAUCCUGCCGACCUGUUUCGGUCUUGCCUGAUAACAAGGUGGUAAACAAAUAACAGAACAGUCGCAAGAAGGAGUUAUCUACGCGCUCCAGUCCACUACAUUAUCUUUAGAUCUCUUUAGUAGAACAAGCUGGAGUUGCAUAAGAACAAUCUUGACUGACUUACAACGUAGUUCUUCAUAUUUAAAGUAGCUUCAGUUUUAGCUGCAAUCCAUUCUUCGAAAUUUGGAUCUGUGAAUCACUAUCCGUGAGAACUUAAAAACACUAACGAGAGAGGCCCAGCGUGACAAAACAUUGUAGUAAACCAUCACAUUCAAGGACAAAAUAAAAUCGCUUGCAGUUAUUCAGAACAAGAAAGACUUUGGAGAAAUUAAACAACCUAAAACCCUCAUCUAACCGCAUUUAAGAACUGUACGUUUCAAAAAAAAUUAAAAAAAUAAAAAAUAAAUAAAGAGAAUGAUCUUGCAUAAGAGGGCGAAUCAUCAAUCAUGUCGACCAGAAAGAAAAUCAAUUGUUGGUUUUCAUAUGACGUCACUAAAAUUCAAACUAAAAAACUAUCUAACCUACCGAGAUUUUACUUUCAGGGUGCAUUAGAGCAGCUGAAAACUAAUUUUCAUACAAAUUUUCGCUUCAAAAAGGUUCUUGGUUUUGUGAUAAAUUAUACUACGCUUUAAUUUCUAAGUUUUUGCGUGACGCGGCAUUUACAUGACGACCAAAAGAUCGAGCUUUCAUGUAGGUUAAAAAAAUUACUUAUUUCAGGAAAUUUUGCUAUCUAUACAGUUCAUGUAUUAGAAAAAGUAUUACUUUAAUGUUUUUUAGUUUCUCGAAGAAUAAAUUCACGCUUUUGUAGCAAAACUCGGUAACAGAUGUUUCUGUUGGUUUCCGUCCGCCAUGUUGGAGCUCAUCCAGGUGAGCACCAGCAUGGCGUCUCCACACAAAUCUCUAUAAGUUUGGGUAAAACAUUUCUUCGGAUAUCUCGUAUACGAAAAAUUCCUCUGACCUGAAUCUUGGCGAGGGUCUUUGUAUAUGUACCUGCUUUCAUUUGCCAGAUUCUGGACCUUAUCUAUUGAACGGUUUUGAUUUUUAUUUUAACUAGUAGUUUGAAUGGCGUGAUAUUGAAAACUUUAAAACCAGCAAUAUGCGUGUCACGACCUCUCAGCAUGAAACAAGGAGCCAAAAUCACAUAGUUUGCUCAGUCAAAAUGUAGACCCUCCAGAGCAUAAUCUACCCGUACUGUGAGAGAAAAUAUUCGUGGAAUAAGCAGCAUUUUGGCAAGAGCUGAAAGUCUUGUGUUGUCUACCGACCAGCUUUUUACACUCCAGAUUGCACACGUUCGCAUGAGGGAUUAUAAUGAAAUAACGUGAAAUAAUCUCGCGAGAAAUUUGAGCAAGAUUCCAGCUCAUUCACAUUUCAACAGUUUGACAGCCGAAAUCUAAUCAUCUCGAACGUGUCAAAAGUGGACGGAAGAGGGUCGUAAAAGAAAUGAUUACAGGCUCUCUCUCUCCUUUCCUUUUUCCUUUUUCCCGCCCCGCCAACUUUUCGCGUCCUUUUUUCUUUCGCGUCUUCCCCACUAUCUGAGAGCCUGGAACAGGCUACUUCCGUUUCUGCUUCCGACUCCGGCAAUCUGGUUUUCACUAAAUCACAAGCAAAACGUAAGCGAUUGAGUCGUAAGGGGUGUCGGAAGAAAUGGAAACGUUCGGAUUCUUCUGACAGUCCGAUCCCGUUGCGAUUAUCACUCCGUUUACGACAUUCAUUUUUUAUUUUCACUAGGUCAUAAGCACUCUUACGACUCCGCUUACGACUCCGACUCCGACUUCGACUCGGUCGCUAGUCUAAAAACUCCUGUGGAGAUUGAACUCUUUUCUCGUGUAAAAGCUUUCAUUUGUUGCAAGAAAUUUGCAUAGCUGCUGACCACCUGAGUGAAAUUAAAGUAGAUUGUGUUGGCUCAAUCUCUCCCUUUUCUAAUAGCUAGAGCAUUUCUAGCCCUUACUUUUCUUCCAUCCCAGAAAGACUUUUGAGAUCUAGACAUUUUGCUCCCAUGGUAACAAUAUAUCACACUUCUUCUCUCUAAUAUUUUCUUGACUGCUAGGAAACAUAACAUAUCGGCGGUUUAAAGUUAAUUUAUUACUAUUAUUAUUAUUAUUAUUAUUAUUAUUAUUAUUAUUGUUAUUAUCUUUAUUAUUAUUAUUAUUAUUACUAUUAUUAUUAUUAUUAUCAUUAUUAUUGUUAUUAUUAUUAUUACCACGUUUUUCUUCGUGUUUUAGUGAAUACGUCAAAGUAACUGACGGAAAUGGAUCACUGGUCUGGCAUAAGUAUGGAUAUCCUUAUUCGCCGGUUCUGGGAUCUUUCGUUCAGGUUGGGUUCGGACACGCUGAUAACAUAACUGUUCAGAUCCAUUUAAGAGGGAGCUACAGUCGCUUCAAGCUUCAAUACGGGAUUGUGAAGCAAGGUCUUUUCUCAGGUUAGAAUCUUUGCAUAGACCUAAUUGAAUUAAUUAUAUAGUCUGAUAAAACUCUCUGAUAUAUUAAGGUUUAUACAUUAGCAUUAUUGUAGCAACGUCGUGGCUUGCAAUCGCGCAGGCUAAGAUAGGAACUAGACGAAUUUUAAGAAAAAAAGGCGGACUGCAAGCAGUCUAAAUUGGGAAUACUUGCAGGUGUUUCCCUUUUUGAUAUUAAUUUCAUUUAAAUUUGAUGGUUUGGUUGCACUGAUGCGCGCAGACGUUGCACAACCUCCGAAAGAUCCUGAUAAAAGCCUAGCAAUAUCCAAACAUAUCGGUAUCUCGUAAAGGUUUUUUAUUUUCAUUGUAAUUCAAUCUGUCAGCUCAACCUAUCAACUGGAACGUGACCGUUGGCGACACCUCGAGAACUUCGAUGGCAGUUCAUUGGGAGAAUUUAGCACCGCUUAUCGGUGAUACCGUACUCUAUUAUAUCGCAAACGCCCACCAUGGUAACCUAUCAGGUGUAGCUGUCGUUUCUGGAAAUAUGAACACUGCAAACGUUCUGGGGCUGUCAAGUUACACUGAAUAUCAAGUAAGAAUCAUCGGAAUAAACAGCUACGGUCAACCCUACAACAGUUCAAACGUCACAGCCCUGACAGAGGAAGGAGGCAAGUGUAGUAUAACAAUACUUACGUUAAAGGCACGUGCGUUUAGGCUUUCUUUGUAGCGCGCUUGAAUUUUCAAAUUUGUUGUGUGUUGAGCUGCGGAGAACUCGUGGAGAGCGAGGCCAUAUACUUUUCUUUCUUUUUUCUUUGUCCCAGGCCCGUGAGAUGCUGAUCAUUUCAUUUUUACAUUUAUUUCCCCGAGCUUAAAAUUUACCAUCUUUCAUUCUUUCACAAAAAAACUACAUUGUUUUCCCUCUUCAUUCAUGUUAUUGUCAUGAAAAUAUACUUGAAUAAUAUUGAAUCUGAUUUGGUGAGAGCAAUUCAGUUUUUAGUAACCGCAGUGUAAAAAUGAUGGAAUGUGAUGGAAAUAUCCCAGAGAACGGAUCACUGUGCCUGGCUGAUGAGUAAUUUAUAAAUAAUUGUGAAGCAUUCAGCAAGUGCCGGAAUGCAUGCGCAAUUUCAACAAGAUUAAAUUAGAUUGGGUUUCUGGUAUCAGCUUGCAGUUUCUAAGGUUUCGUAGGUGGCAAUUACAAACACCCUCCACUAAUUUUGAUUGUAUGAUAUUUUUUCCCCUGUAUAUUAUUGAAGGUUGAUAUUAUAAUGACGUGUCUCGUUUAAUUUCAAAUUUAAUUACCAUAGGGCAUUUUCCAAAUGCUUAAAUUGCAUGACCCCUAUUUUGAUACGUUUUGAAAAAAAACAAAAACAAAAACAAAAACAAAACAGAACAACACACACACUCACACACACACUGCAAUGCAAUGCAAAAUUUUCAAUUAAUUAUCUGUCAAUUUUAUACUGUAGUUGACUGAAUAAUUUCACUAAUAAUUCAGUAAUUAGUUAAUUUACAGUAUCAUACAUGUAAUUAUACUGUCAUUGACUGAGUAUGGAGAAUACACCUAUUUGAACUAUAAUUGAUGGUCUGUGUUUGCUUUAGUCCCCAGUAGGGCACCGUCUAAUGUAAGAGUGUCUAACGUACGGUUUGAUCAAGUUAAAGUGCAGUGGUAUCCCAUCCCUCAUCAAUUUGCUAAUGGGCGUCUCCUCGGAUACACUGUCUACUAUUACGAGUAUUAUAACUCGUACUUGAGAAAAUCGGCUAGCACUAGUAAUCCGUAUACUAACAUGGUGAUAUUAAGAGGUCUCAAGGCAGCAACUCGCUAUCAAAUAGCCGUAGCAGCCUUUACGUCUAAAGGACCUGGAACCCAGUCUUACUGGCAGUCCAUAACAACAGGUGAUGUUUUAUGUCAUAAUGCUGUUAAAUUUUAAUCAAUUAUAAAAUUCUGAUUAGCGUUGAUCACCCUGCGCAGAGAAGUCUUCUUUUCAUACUCAACCUCUUUAUUUAUUUAUAACUGUGAAAAUGUGUAUGAAGAUAGAGCGACGAAUUCUGAACAAAUUUCCAAGCUUUUGUCAGACGCGGCAUUUACAUAUCGGCUAAUAGAUCUGUCAUGUAGCGUAAAAAGUGACUUAUAUAUAUGGGGAGAUGUUGCCUCCUGAACAGUCAUUGUAUUAGAAAAAGUAUUACUUCAAUGUUCAUCAGUUCCCCGAAAGAUCUGAAUUCAUGGUUUCGUGAGCCUGCGAGGAAGCACUGCACUUGGGGAAGUCGCCAGAAGUCACGCGAGAGCAGCACGCGAAAGAAGACGCGAGUGCGAGGUGCGGGGAAAAAAGUGGGAGCUUGCAACAAUCUCUCAUCAAUUUUCAUUCCACCUCGGAAACCGCAGGAAACCGCAAAGUGUGAAAACUGUCACCGGAAACAAGAAAUGUGUCAGCCGUUUGUCAGUUACCUGCAUCGGCCACGAGCUAGUGACGCUAGCGUUCCAGGAGCAAAAUAUUACAAUUACAAUUACAAAGACAAGAUUACCAAGAGAAGAAAAUUGGUCUAGACAUUCUGAUCUGUAUCGUAGUCUAUAAGCUUAGUCGGAGCUGCAAUCCUUGAAUUCAGCUGAGACGUGUCGUUUCUCAAAGAAGCUACAUUCUCUUUAAACUUUGGCGUCAUAAAAAAUCCCUGGUGUUACUCGACUUGCCUCCAAAAAAUGUUUAUUCAUAACUGCAACGUUUUUCUUUUUUUCUUGAGAAGAUUGAUCUUCCACGCAUCCGCUUGGAUAUUAGCCUCCCUGCAGACGUCCUUUGGGGUUCGUUUGUCAGGCAUUCAUUUCUCCCCCACGAGAAAUGAAUGCGUGACAAACGAACCCAAAAGGACGUCUGCGGGGAGGCUACUUGGAUAUGAAAUUAUCUGAUUUCGUUGAGGGGGAACUUUUGAACACAAUAAUCGCGGUAAGAUUUAGUAUCGUAAUGUAUUCCUGGCAACCUCAUUCCAGCCCUCUGAUUUCCCAGUUCAUAUAUUCCGCGGGGUUGAGAUCCAAACUGAAGGGUAAAAAAUACAGCUACACAUGCACAGGCCUCAGAAAUCGUUCACCGAUCACAGAAAGAGAGACCGAUCUUGUUCUUCGCGGGAGAAAGUAGUAAUCAUGAUAUUCCCUAUUUGAUGUUUUAUCGUUUUAUUUGAGAUAUGUUUUAUUUAGAUACGGUAGUUUUAUCAGCUAAAGCUGGUUUACAUGAAAGCCGUGAUAAAAAAAAACAAAACAAAACAAAAACAAAAACAAAUGUAUAUAUCUAUGAGCGGUUUUGGUUUUGGUUUUUGUUUUUAAUUAGUUUUGAAAAAGAAAAAAAAUAUUUGUAAAACUAGGUAUUAACCUUAAAUAAAAUAAUUUUAAGCUAGGAUUAUAGUAACGAAUAAAAGAAGCUGGGAAGCAAUCGGUCCGAUUUAGAUUUAAAUAAGUUCAUUGAUUUGCAAUCACGCAAAUCCUCGUUAAAUCAUCCCAAAUAAAUGCAUCCCUAUAGCCAAAACGUUCCUGCCAAUUGGUUUUGGGAAGGGGCAUUUGAAAUCGAGAAGAGGAGCCCCUAGUAUCAUAGCUGGGCCUCAUUUUCAAAAAUUUUGGCAUAGGUAUUAAGGUGCCAUAUUGUUGUACACCUUGAACAUUUCUACAGCGAGCAGCAGAUAUAAAUAAAUAAAUAAAUGAAUAAUAAAGCAUAAAGCAUAAUUCUGCGCACAGAAAGGUUGUCCCAUGCAAGCUCUUGCAGUAGGGGGCCGGAGCUAAAAUCACAACUGGAAAAGGUUAUGAUCCUAGCGGCGCGGUUUUGUUGUUUUUUAAGCUUCAGCGCUAGUUCUGAACCCAGACCCUCUCAAACAACGCUGCAAUCGUCUUUUUCCGUAUCGUGUUACUAAAUGCACGGCAAGCAUUUAUGGCAGGUCAGCAAUUUUUUAGCCAAUGGUAUUUCGCUUCGUCUGGGCAAAGCAGAAAUGAAAAAGAUCGUUACAAGCUCUACUGUUCACCUCCACUCGCGGCUUCGCCAUCCGGGUGUGCACCAACAUGGCGUCCCCAUACAAAACUCUAUAAAUUUGUGUAAAUAAUUUCUCGCUUAUGAAACAUUGUACUGACCUGAAUCUUGGCGAUUAACUUAUUUAUCUCCAUUCAUUUCCCAGAUUCUGGACUAUAUCUAUUAAGCGGUUUUGAUUUCUUUAUGUUUUAAUGACGUGACAGUGAAAACUAGCAAACAACAGGAGACAAUCUCUCAUGAAUGCGUUGCAGGUUGUGGAGGCAGCUUAAAUGAAUUGUUUGGAAAGUUACAAGUCGGCCGAAGAUCGUACUAUUCUUAUUCGCUGUAUUGCAAUUGGAAAAUUGGCAAUGCAGGGAUCAGCCAAGCUGUUGCACUUGUGUCAUUACCGCAACUGUCUCUGUCUUAUUAUAGGUUAGUGUGAUAUAUUUAUGGACUACCAAUUAAAAAAUUACAGUAAACACCCGCGAAUAAAUUGGAUCACACCGGAAACGCACACAAACAAUGGCAAAAAUGAUUUAACGAUCAAGACUCCCCCGCCCCCUAGGGGUGGCAACAUGAUAACGUAUCCAUGACAAUAACAUACACAGUCAGGUUUUAUUUACUUAUAAAAGUUGGACGCAUAAUGUACUAAUUUGAAGUGUAAUGUUUUGUUUUGUUUUUUUGUUUUGCCCUUUUUUUUCUCUCUCUUUUUUUUUUUUUACAGUGAAUACCUUAAGGUGAUUGAUGGCAACGGUUUCACGGUUCUCAGUCGCUAUGGAUACUCGUCUGUCACUCAGAAAACUUUCAGGAAAGUUUCUUUUGGGAAUUCUGGAAACAUCACUGUCCAGGUCUACCUAAGGCGGAGCUACAGUAACUUCAAGUUACAAUUUGGAAUUUUAAAACAAGAAUCAGGUUAGCCUUUAAUCUGCUAAAUUCGUUUAAUGUUGCUUCAAACCCUGCUACGGAUGCACACAACCCUGUGCACGCUUUGCAGCAAAACAAAGAUUUUGGUAGUGCCUCUGAUUUGUUGAACAUUGGUUUCAACCCAUCGGAAUCACUACCCAGAUCUGGGUAUGGGCAGUGACACGUCAUCACUACGGAAUUUCUGCGCUCGAUGUUCAGACAUCAUUUUGCGGGGACAUCCCCACACCUCCCCCCAUCACUCCUUUUUCCACACUCUCCAUGUAUCAUCACCUGUCUUUGAAACUUUCAAUUAUAAUUAAUGUCAAACUCAGAAAACCGUGAACACCUGAAAAUUUUCAGGAAUGUUGAUUGUGUACUGGCUGAUCACUGUAAAGUUCAGGAAACGCGAGCAAACCUCAAAACCAUAAUCUAAUUACCGUUGCUGUUUGCGGUUUAAUUAUCUUGCGCCUUAUUGGCUUAUUUCUCGCAACACAAAAACAUUCCAUAAAUAGUUCUGGUGUUCACGGUUAUGUGAGUUUCACAGUAACAUGUUACUAUAUUUUUCUCUUUUUUCUUUGUUUUUAGCGUUUCCAUUGGCUAACUGGAGUGUUUCCUCUGACAAUGCUACUGCAACAAGCAUCCGAUUCUCUUGGCAAAACCUGCAAUCACUUGUUGGUCAACAAUUAAGUCAUUACUUCAUAGUCGUCAAAGACUCAUAUGGUAGUCGUGUAAACGAGUACAUCGUCUCAGGAAAUACUACUUCCCAUGUGUUAUCUGGACUAUCGGCAUGGAGGGAAUAUCGGUUAUCUAUUGUUGGUGUAAAUUAUAGAGGGAAUGCCUACAACAGUACAGAGAUCACAGCAUGGACAGACGAAGGAGGUAAGUGCAUUAUAUUAAAAACAAAAUAUUUUUAACCCGUUUAUUCUUUGAUUUCCAUAACGACGCAUUAACGCUUUCAACUCUGUUCUAGCUAAAAGAUCUCUAUAAUGCGUCCGUCAUCUUGUACAUAAGGUCACGAUCGAAAUUGCUGUGUGUUGAUUGUCUCAGUUUUGCGCGAGAGUCAUUCUCCCUGUACAAAUGAAAUGCAAUUUUUUCUUAGUCCCCAGCACAGCUCCAUCGUAUAUCCGUCUUUCAAACUUACAUUUGGCUGAGGUGAAAGUUCAGUGGAAUCCACUUUCCCAGUAUUACGCUAACGGACGUCUCCUUGGAUACAGAGUCUACUUUAGGGAAUACAGAUCUUACUAUUAUUAUUACUCGUAUUUGACAAGUAGUGUCAACACUAGCAGUGCUAAUGUUACUAUGGUGAUAUUGAGGGAUUUAAAGCAAGCUACAACUUACCAAAUCGCAGUGGCAGCUUUUACGUCAAAAGGGGAAGGACCACGCUCGUAUUGGAUGUCCAUAACCACA